UCACACACCUCAACCAAGAGAAGCAGUGACAGAUAGCAAAGCUCAGGGCGCACAGCAGGACGAACCAUGGGCUACUUUCCGGACUUUUCCAUCGAAACCUGGACGUUGAUAGUGUUUGUCAUCACUCUCAUUGCAGUGUAUGGAUAUGCUCCAUAUGGCGUUUUUAAGAAGUUAGGCAUCCAUGGACCCAAACCUUUGCCCUUUAUUGGGACAUUUUUGGAGUGCAGGAAGGGCAUCCACAAUUUUGACACGGACUGCUUUAAGAAAUAUGGCAGGAUUUGGGGGCUCUACGAUGGCAGACAGCCUAUCUUGGCUAUAAUGGACACAGCCAUGAUCAAAACAGUCUUGGUUAAGGAGUGUUAUUCUGUCUUCACCAACAGACGGGAUUUUGGCUUGAAUGGACCCUUAAGUGAUGCUGUUUCAAUAGUAGAAGAUGAGCAAUGGAAGAGGAUCCGUAGUGUGCUCUCUCCGUCCUUCACCAGUGGCCGUCUGAAAGAGAUGUACACAAUAAUGAUUAAACACUCAAGUAACCUGAUUGAGAGUCUUCACAAGAAAGUCGGGGCGGAUGAAGUCAUUGAAGUUAAAGAAGUAUUUGGACCGUACAGUAUGGAUGUUGUGACCAGCACUGCUUUCAGCGUGGACAUUGAUUCCAUCAAUAAUCCCUCUGAUCCGUUUGUAACAAACAUCAAAAGAAUGGUCAAGUUCAACUUCCUGAAUCCAUUACUUGUGCUUAUCGUUCUGUUUCCAUUCUUGGGACCAGUCUUUGAUAAGAUGGAUUUGGCAUUCUUCCCAACUGAAGUGACUAAGUUCUUCUACAGCUUCCUGCAGAUGAUAAAAUUGGAUCGGAAUAAGGCUGACCACAAAAACCGAGUGGACUUCAUGCAGCUGAUGGUGGACUCUCAGGUUUCAGAGAACAAUAAGAACGACACCAGUUUGCAAAAAGGGCUGACCGAUCAUGAAAUCCUGUCUCAGGCCAUGAUAUUCAUCUUUGCUGGCUAUGAAACCACUAGCAGCACACUUGGCUUUAUAACCUACAACCUGGCAACCAACCCUCACAUCCAAAAGACCUUGCAAAAGGAAAUUGAUGAAACGUUCCCAGAAGAGUGUGAGCCCACCUAUGAAGGCCUGAUGCAGAUGGAAUACCUGGACAUGGUGGUGAAUGAGUCAAUGAGGCUGUACCCUAUUGCCAAUCGAUUGGAGAGAAUGACGAAGGUCUCAGUUGAAGUGAACGGUAUGACCGUUCCUAAGGGAACUGUCAUCAUGGUACCACUUUACACUCUGCACCGGGACCCUGCUUUGUGGCCUGAGCCUGAGGCCUUCAAACCUGAAAGGUUCAGCAAAGAGAACAAAGACAACAUCGACCCCUAUGCCUUCCUGCCCUUUGGAGCAGGACCAAGGAACUGUAUUGGAAUGCGAUUCGCUCUCUUGUCGAUGAAGCUGGCCUUAGUCAUGGUCCUCCAGAACUUUAGCUUUGUCACCUGCAAGGAGACACAGAUUCCGAUGGAGCUGGGAGUGGAGGGUUUUACCACGCCUGCGGUGCCCAUCAAACUGAAACUCAAGCCCAGAGCCAGUGAUUCUUCUUCAAUCUAACUUUGAUUAUAUGGCAGUAACCUGGCAGCUCUCACUCUAACCUGCUUCACUAUCAAGUCAACAGUUUAUGUUACGCUUUUAGAAAAAUACAAAACAUGAACAGUAUAUUCUUCACAAAUCACUCAUCUAAAGACAUUUUAGAGUACCAUAUAAAAUAAAGCACCAUAUAAAUUCCAGCAUAUAGUAUGGGUAUUUUUUUUACGAUUUAUAGAAAUGAAUAGAAAACGUAUAUAGAUGAAUAUAAUGUAUAUCAAUGAGUUUUACAGUUUAUUUUCACUAAUCAUUUCGAUUACAUUUAAAUAACAACAUUUGGUUCAAGGAAACAAACCCCUGCUGAUUCUUUUGUCGUCCCUGAUUGACUGACAAGCUUUGUUUUUUCUCUCUUUGUAUUUAAGAAGACAAUAUGAGGUGUUUUGAUAUUUUUUAAAUCUUCAAUAUUAACACCACUACUCUUUUUGUUACUUUUUUGUGACAGAAUUAAAUUGCAACAUAUCAUCACGGUUUCCGUUUUGCUGUUAUUGUUUCAGGGCUGAACGUUGUGUGCAGUCUAUGGUGCAGAAUGAAGUUAGAAAACCUACCUGGUUUAGCUGCAAAUAAACUUUUACUGUCAAUAUUC